UGUUCCUCAAAAUCCCUAGAAUAGUCGACAAUCAAAUCUCUGAUCCAAGGGGACAAAAGGGGCGAAUACAUCAGAGUACAAAAAAAAUCUUUCGAUCGUCUGAUCGAACGAAGACGAGGAAGAGAUGACGGAAGCGGUGAUAAGGAACAAGCCUGGAAUGGCGAGCGUGAAGGACAUGCCGCUGCUUCAGGAUGGUCCGCCGCCAGGUGGGUUCCCGCCGAUCCGAUAUGCUCGACGGAUUCCCAGCAAAGGUCCGAGUGCUAUGGCCAUUUUCCUCGCCGUCUCCGGUGCUUUUGCUUACGGGAUGUAUCAGGUUGGACAGGGCAACAAGCACCGCAGGGCGCUUAAGGAGGAGAAAUAUGCUGCUCGUAGAGCAAUACUACCUAUGCUUCAAGCAGAAGAAGAUGAAAGGUUUGUGAGCGAGUGGAAAAAGUAUCUGGAAUACGAGGCUGAAGUGAUGAAGGAUGUGCCCGGAUGGAAGGUUGGGGAAAGCGUGUACAAUUCCGGCCGUUGGAUGCCUCCAGCAACUGGGGAGCUCCGUCCUGAUGUCUGGUAAUGUCCUUAUUCAUCCUCAAUGGAAGGAUGGGCUCCUUAUAUGAUGAAUGCUUUGAAUCAUUUCGGAUUUUGUUUCUACCUUCACUCGUAAUAAAAGGAUGAUACAGUUCAUGUGGUGCUUGGAGUAAUGGCACUAACAGUUUUUUUUUUUCACAUGCAAUGAUGAAUUGGACCCCGUUUCCUUUGUUAUGUAAAAGAUUAGUUUAAGCUUCUUUCUUUUAGGUAA